GGUCGCUCCACCAGCCAGCCAAGAUGCCUGAGGAAACCCAGACCCAAGACCAACCCAUGGAGGAGGAGGAGGAGGUGGAGACUUUCACCUUUCAGGCUGAAAUUGCCCAGUUGAUGUCAUUGAUCAUCAAUACUUUCUAUUCGAACAAAGAGAUCUUUCUGAGGGAGCUAAUUUCAAAUUCAUCAGAUGCUUUGGAUAAAAUCAGAUAUGAAAGCCUGACUGAUCCCAGUAAACUUGACUCUGGGAAGGAGCUGCACAUUAAUCUCAUUCCCAACAAGCAAGAUAGAACCCUCACUAUCGUGGACACUGGGAUUGGCAUGACCAAGGCUGACCUGAUCAAUAAUCUCGGCACUAUUGCCAAGUCUGGAACCAAAGCCUUCAUGGAGGCUCUGCAGGCUGGCACAGACAUUUCCAUGAUUGGCCAGCUUGGUGUGGGCUUCUAGUCUGCCUACUUGGUUGCUGAGAAGGUGACUGUGAUCACUAAGCAUAAUGACGAUGAGCAGUAUGCCUGGGAAUCCUCAGCAGGGGGCUCGUUCACAGUGAGAACUGACACAGGGGAACCAAUGGGUCGUGGAACAAAGGUUAUCCUGCAUCUGCAAGAAGACCAAACUGAGUACUUGGAAGAGAGAAGAAUAAGGGAGAUUGUGAAGAAACAUUCGCAGUUUAUUGGCUAUCCUAUUACUCUCUUUGUGGAGAAGGAACGUGAUAAAGAAGUAAGUGAUGAUGAAGCUGAAGAAAAGGAGGAAAAAGAAGAAAAGGAAUCUGAAGAUAAACCUGAAAUUGAAGAUGUUGGUUCUGAUGAAGAAGAAGAAAAGAAGGAUAGUGAUAAGAAGAAGAAGAAGAUUAAGGAGAAGUACAUUGAUCAAGAAGAACUCAACAAAACAAAGUCUAUUUGGACCAGAAAUCCUGAUGAUAUUACUAAUGAAGAGUAUGGCGAAUUCUACAAGAGCCUAACCAAUGAUUGGGAGGAACACUUGGCAGUGAAGCAUUUUUCUGUUGAAGGACAGUUGGAAUUUCAAGUUCUUCUUUUUGUCCCAAGGCAUGCUCCUUUUGAUCUGUUUGAAAACAGAAAGAAAAAGAACAACAUUAAGUUGUAUGUACGCAGAGUUUUCAUCAUGGAUAACUGUGAGGAGUUAAUCCCUGAGUAUCCGAAUUUUAUUAGAGGAGUGGUGGACUCGGAGGAUCUCCCUCUAAACAUCUCCCGAGAAAUGUUACAACAAAGCAAAAUUUUGAAAGUUAUCAGGAAGAAUUUGGUCAAAAAGUGCUUAGAACUGUUCACUGAAUUGGCAGAGGAUAAAGAGAACUACAAGAAGUUUUAUGAGCAGUUCUCUAAAAAUAUAAAGCUUGGAAUUCAUGAAGAUUCUCAGAAUCGGAAGAAGCUGUCUGAGCUGUUGAGAUACUAUACAUCUGCUUCUGGGGAUGAGAUGGUUUCUCUCAAGGACUAUUGCACCAGAAUGAAGGAAAACCAGAAACACAUCUAUUUUAUCACAGGUGAGACCAAGGACCAGGUAGCUAACUCAGCCUUUGUGGAACGUCUCCGAAAACAUGGCUUGGAAGUGAUCUAUAUGAUUGAGCCCAUUGAUGAGUACUGUGUCCAACAGCUAAAGGAAUUUGAGGGGAAGACUUUAGUGUCAGUCACCAAAGAGGGCUUGGAACUUCCAGAAGAUGAAGAGGAGAAAAAGAAACAGGAAGAGAAAAAGACAAAGUUUGAAAACCUCUGCAAAACUAUGAAAGACAUCUUGGAGAAAAAGGUUGAAAAGGUCGUGUCAAACCGCUUGGUGAUCCCGUGCUGCAUUGUCACAAGCACCUAUGGGUGGACCGCAAACAUGGAAAGAAUCAUGAAAGCUCAAGCCCUGAGAGACAACUCAACAAUGGGUUAUAUGGCAGCAAAGAAACAUUUGGAAAUAAACCCUGACCACUCCAUUAUUGAGACCUUGAGGCAAAAGGCAGAGGCUGACAAGAAUGACAAGUCUGUGAAGGAUCUGGUCAUCUUACUGUAUGAAACUGCGCUUCUGUCUUCUGGCUUCAGUCUGGAAGAUCCCCAGACACAUGCCAACAGGAUCUACAGGAUGAUCAAACUUGGUCUAGGUAUUGAUGAGGAUGAUCCCACUGCAGAUGAUACCAGUGCUGCUGUGACUGAAGAAAUGCCUCCCCUUGAAGGUGAGGACAACAUGUCGCGCAUGGAAGAAGUUGACUAGGCUUCACUAGAAGAGCCACUACCUACCACUACCCCUUACUCAGUACUCACUUCAUUCCUUCCAAAUAUGUAUUUCCAGGACUUUAUUUUUGUUGACAUUUUAAAAAUAUGGCAUGAUAACUUAAGG